AUGUCCAAAGCCACCACAAUUAAGGAUGCACUAAAGCGUUGGGAGGAGCGGGAGCAGCAGAAUUCCCUGACUGCCAAGAACAUUGAUCUCCAGUUUCAGUGGCCGCCCAUCGAGAAAAUGGAUAGCACUUUGGGCACUCUGGUUCAAUGCGAGAGAAUCAGUAUGUCCACGAAUAUGAUUGAGAAGAUAUUUGGUUUAUCGGGCAUGAAAUGCCUCAAGGUAUUGUCUUUAUCCCGAAACUAUAUCAAGCAGAUAUCGGGAUUGGAAGCUGUGGCUGAAACCCUAGAGGAACUAUGGCUCAGUUACAAUCUAAUUGAGAAAAUCAAAGGUCUAACUGGGCUGAAGUGCCUGAAAGUUUUGUAUAUUAGCAAUAAUUUGAUCAAGGACUGGUCGGAGUUCAAUCGUUUGGCCGAGAUUGAGUCCCUUGAGGAUUUAGUGGUUGUGGGUAACCCACUUUCCGAGGGUUUGGAUGAACCCACCUGGCGGGCGGAGUGCAUCAAGCGUUUGCCCACCAUCCGGAAAUUGGACGGAGAGCCCGUAGUGCUCAAUGAGGAGCCGCAACUUUAA